AUGCGUUUCUCAAUCACCACUAUCCUCCUCCUUGCCGUUGGUAUCUCUGCUCUGCCUCAAGAACUCUUCACCGAGGCGAGCGCCGACCGUCUUGAAAAGCGUGUACGUACAAAAUUUAUAUAUAUCAUCUCACAACAAUCCUUGAACAUGUUGCUACUGUCCCAAACUCCAACCAUUCAUACUAACUAACAUUCUUUGAACAGCAAGGGGGCUGCAACGCAAGUGGGCAGGCCACGUGCCGCGAUAUCUGCGGAGGAAGUUAUUCGUGCUGUGACAGCUCUUUUGGUGGGUGUGGAUGCCAAUGUUAAUGAAGCCUAUUCAAUUGUUGAAAUCCAUGGGGGCGCGUGGUCAAGCCAAGAAAUGUGCAAUCGGUUUCUUGGGGUAUGA